GGCUUUUUAUAUGCUUAUAGUAUUAGUACCAUUAUUAAAACCACAAUGAAUCUCUACAUGUCCAUGCAAAAGCCAAUGACCAAAACAUCAGUGAAGGCGUUGUGCAGGCUUGUUGAACUUCUCAAGGCAAUAGAGCAUAUGUUCUACAGGAGAAGCAUGGUUGUGGCUGAUUCAGUCUCACAUAUAACACAGCACCUUCAGCAUCAGGCUCUUAAUUCUAUUUCUGUGGCCAAGAAAAGAGUAAUUUCUGACAAAAAAUAUAGUGAACAGCGUCUUGAUGUGCUCUCUGCUCUAGUUUUGGCUGAAAACACUCUAAAUGGACCAAGCACAAAGCAGCGACGACUGAUUGUUUCUUUGGCAUUGAGUGUGGGCACACAAAUGAAAACAUUUAAAGAUGAAGAACUCUUUCCACUUCAAGUAGUCAUGAAGAAGCUGGAUCUUAUCAGUGAACUUCGAGAAAGAGUCCAGACACAGUGUGACUGCUGUUUUCUGUACUGGCAUCGAGCUGUCUUCCCAAUUUAUUUAGAUGACGUAUAUGAAAAUGCUGUUGAUGCAGCCAGACUACAUUACAUGUUCAGCGCUUUACGUGACUGUGUGCCCGCCAUGAUGCAUGCAAGGCAUUUGGAGUCCUGUGAGAUGCUUCUCGAUUGCUAUGACAAGGAAAUUACGGAAAUUUUAAAUGAGCAUUUGUUGGACAAGUUGUGCAAAGAAAUAGAGAAGGACCUGCGACUUUCUGUGCAUACUCAUUUAAAGCUGGAUGACAGAAACCCUUUCAAAGUUGGCAUGAAAGACCUGGCCCUUUUUUUCUCUCUGAAUCCAAUUCGGUUUUUCAAUCGUUUCAUUGACAUUCGAGCUUAUGUAACUCACUACCUAGACAAGACUUUCUACAAUCUAACGACAGUAGCUCUUCAUGACUGGGCUACUUACAGUGAAAUGAGAAAUUUAGCUACUCAGCGUUAUGGAUUGGUUAUGACAGAGGCCCAUCUUCCUAGUCAGACUUUGGAACAGGGCCUGGAUGUCUUGGAAAUUAUGAGAAACAUUCAUAUAUUUGUAUCUCGAUACCUCUAUAAUCUCAAUAAUCAAAUUUUUAUUGAACGAACAAGUAAUAACAAACAUUUGAACACUAUUAAUAUUCGGCAUAUUGCUAAUUCAAUUCGAACACAUGGCACAGGAAUCAUGAAUACAACAGUCAAUUUCACCUACCAGUUUUUGAAAAAGAAGUUCUAUAUAUUUAGCCAGUUUAUGUAUGAUGAACAUAUCAAAUCCAGAUUGAUUAAAGAUAUUCGGUUUUUCAGGGAAAUCAAGGACCAAAAUGAUCAUAAGUAUCCUUUUGAAAGAGCAGAAAAAUUCAAUCGAGGCAUCAGAAAACUUGGAAUAACCCCAGAGGGACAAAGCUACCUUGAUCAGUUCAGGCAGCUCAUCAGUCAAAUUGGUAAUGCUAUGGGCUAUGUACGAAUGAUAAGAUCUGGUGGCCUUCAUUGUAGCAGCAAUGCCAUUAGAUUUGUACCUGAUCUUGAAGAUAUUGUAAAUUUUGAAGAACUAGUCAAAGAAGAAGGUCUUGCAGAAGAAACAUUAAAAGCAGCAAGGCAUUUGGAUUCAGUCCUCAGUGAUCACACACGAAAUUCUGCUGAAGGCACAGAAUAUUUCAAAAUGCUUGUGGAUGUUUUUGCUCCAGAAUUUCGAAGGCCAAAGAAUAUACAUCUCCGAAAUUUCUAUAUCAUUGUUCCCCCUCUGACCCUCAACUUUGUAGAGCAUUCCAUUAGUUGCAAGGAGAAAUUGAAUAAAAAAAAUAAAAUUGGAGCUGCCUUUACUGAUGAUGGCUUUGCCAUGGGUGUGGCUUACAUUCUGAAGCUUUUGGAUCAGUACCAGGAAUUUGACUCACUUCACUGGUUCCAGUCUGUUAGAGAGAAAUACCUGAAGGAGAUGAGAGCAGUUGCUAAGCAACAGAAUGUACAGUCAACUAGUCAGGAUGAAAAACUACUACAAACCAUGAAUCUCACUCAGAAACGACUGGAUGUUUAUCUACAGGAAUUUGAAUUGCUGUAUUUCUCACUGAGCAGUGCAAGAAUUUUCUUCAGAGCUGACAAGACUGCAGCUGAAGAAAACCAAGAAAAGAAAGAGAAAGAAGAAGAGACUAAAACAAGCAACGGAGACCUGUCCGACAGCACUGUGUCUGCAGAUCCUGUUGUCAAAUGAUACUGAUGGUAUGCGUUGCCCCUGUGAGAUCAUCAGAAUUGUACGUGAAAUGGAU